GCGGCCAGCAGCAGCAGCUGCAACGACGGGAACCCCUCCUCUUCCCUCGCCCCUCCGCCAGGCCUGCGAUUCCUUCCAGGGCCUCCGAGCACAAGGGGCAGCAGCAUCUGGCGGUUGCUAGGCGUCGUGACGAAGGCGGGCUGCGAGCGUCCAUUGGCCGAGGCGCGGGCCCGUUCCCCCCCCCCGCGGGUUCGCAGUGGGCGGAGCGGAACCGGCGCGGCCACUGGAGCAUGCGUCGUCCCCAGCGGCGUCCUGUCCGGCCACGUCUGCCGGGUCCUGCCGCUACUGCUAAGCCCGGCCGGGGCCAGCUGCUCGCCGCCGGCCAUGGUGGGCGUCUUGCACCGCGCGGCGAAGCUGCGGGGGUUCCCGCUACUCUGGUUCCUGCUGCUGGUGGUGCCGGCCGCCCUUGCGUGGGAGAGCGGCGACUUGGAGCUCUUCGACCUGGUGGAGGAAGUCCCGCAAAACUUCUACGCUUUCCUGGGAGUGGAGCAGGAUGCUUCAUCGGCAGACAUUAGGAAAGCUUAUCGCAAGCUUUCACUAGUACUGCAUCCAGACAAGAAUAAAGAUGAAAAUGCAGAAACCCAGUUUAGACAAUUGGUGGCCAUCUAUGAGGUUUUAAAGGAUGAAGAGAGAAGGCAUAGGUAUGAUGAUAUUCUGAUCAAUGGGCUACCAGAUUGGCGACAGCCUGUAUUCUACUACAGGCGAGUGAGGAAAAUGAGCAACGCAGAGUUGGCAUUGCUUUUGUUUAUUAUCCUCACAGUAGGUCAUUAUGCUGUGGUUUGGUCCAUCUACCUGGAAAAACAACUGGAUGAACUGCUUAGCAGAAAAAAGAAAGAGAAAAAGAAAAAGGCAGGAGGAAAGAAUACAGAUGAAGUAAAACUUGGUCCAGAAAAGAAUGAAAGAUUACUAGAGAAACCACAGUGGCGGGAUUUGCUUCCAUGUAAACUGGGAAUAUGGUUUUGUCUGACAGUGAAAUCAUUGCCUCAGUUAUUUCAGGAGGCCAGACAACUGUAUGUAGAAUAUAAAGAAACAAAAAUUAAGGAGAAGGAAGAUGCCCUGGCUAAAGCUGAACUGGAAACCCUUCAGAAGGAAAAGAAACCUAAAGUCAAGAAACCCAGACCUGAAUUUCCAAUAUACACAGUGGCAGAAACACAUGCAUAUAUACCAUCAUAUGACCAUGGAACUUCUAUUGAAGACAUUGAGGAACAAAUGGAUGAUUGGUUGGAAGACAGGAAUAAAUCACUAAAAAGGAAGGCACCUGAAUGGACGGAAGAGGACCUUAGCCAGCUGACAAGAAGUAUGGUUAAGUUCCCAGGGGGGACGCCUGGUCGAUGGGAAAAGAUUGCUCACGAAUUGGGUCGAUCAGUGGCAGAUGUUACCAUGAAAGCCAAACAGAUUAAGGACACAGUUACAUGUGCUCCAGGUAUUGUCAGGCUCUCAGAGCUGAAAAUGUUGGCCCAAAACUCAAAAUCCAACAAGACCAAUGUACACUUGCCAGAUGACAUAAUCACCCAGCGAGAAAGAGAGGAAGAGCAGCAAGAGGAAGAAGCAGCAAAGUAUGAUUGUGAUCUGGUACCAGUGGAUAUGGCAGCAGCAGAUCAACAAGAGACAGCAUUGAGUGAACCUAGGUACCGCAGGCGGAAAGCAAAGCCCCCUGAAAGUAUACAGCCAAUGGUGAAAGAAACAGCGGAGGACAAGUGUAGAGGAAAGCGUCAGAAGGAUUUUGACACUGCAGAGCAAGAGGAGUAUAGUGAUGAGGAGGCCAAAAAAAAGGAGCGAUGCCGCAGUUCAGAAGACUUGUGGACUCAGAAUCAGCAGAAGCUUCUGGAGCUAGCCUUACAGCAGUAUCCAAAAGGAACAGCAGAACGCUGGGAUAAGAUUGCAAAACAUGUUCCAGGGAAAAGUAAGGAAGAGUGUAUGGCUAGAUACAAGUUGCUGGUGGAACUUGUACAAAAGAAAAAAAUGGCAAGAAGCUGAAUAUUCUGAAGAAUUUUGCUUACCGGAAACAUUUUAAACACCUUAUGUAGUAACUUGUAUUUUUGUACCUCAGUAUGUCAUGUGCCUUAGUAAAAAAUAAAUUUUUGCCUUGUUUCAAAAUUG